AUGCCGACCGCUGCUACGCCCGAAUCGACCCUCCGCCUCUUCGUCGACUCCUGGACUAGUCAUGCGGGGCGGGGCUCGUUCACUUCUGUGGUCGCGCGCAUCGAGGACAACACCACAGAAGUCAAUUUCACCCUCCCGGACAAUUACGCGGACCUCGCCGCAUCGCGCGCACGAUGGGAGGGGUGGCUAGAGGUCAUCAAUCAUCCCACCGGCCAGGGAAUGUUCCCCGCGUCGACUACGGAACGGCAACGUGCUGCGCUCCGCGGGCUCGCGCGCACGCUCGUUCUCUUCAGCAUCGACGACGCGAAUGGCGAACACCGGCGGGACUGGCCGCAUCUCAUCAACCAUAUCCGCGAGAUCGCCGCAAGAGAGGGCCUCACGGGCGAGCGGCAGCUUGAGCUCGUGCUCGACUGGGCUCGCGUGGAAUACCAGACUUCUAACUCUUGGCGAGCCGAACGGGCGCGCGCGCGCGAUGCAACUGCAACCACGGACGCCAACACCACCGCGGAGACGCGGCGCGACGUUCGCGAAGCCGCGAGCGCUGGUGACUCGGACGACUCGGAGGCCGUACAGGUGGCAGGCUAUGAUAGUGAUUCGAGCAUCCCGUCGUUAGUGACUGUCUGCCACUCGGAUUCGGAGUAG